AUGGGUAAGGUCAAAGGUAUCAAAUUACUCAGGUACUUGAGGAUGGGCUGUCGAAUAUACGGAAACUGGCCUCCGGAUCCGGACGCUACAAGAUGGCGAGUGAUAGUUCCAGAAGUGAUGUUCGCGAUAUUCAUUAUAAAUGAAUCAUCCGGGAUAUUGGCUAUGAUAUAUGGUAUUUUCUGUUAUUUCACAGACCGUUUAAUAUUUGGAAUGGUAGAUUUCUUUGUGACAUCCAAUCCAGAGGACAAUAUAAUCAGACAAAAUUAUUUGCAACGCAUCAAAACAGUGUACUAUGGUCUAGCUACUGAGUUCGUUUUAGGUGGAACAUUCUACUGUGUGUCGCCGCUUUUCACAGAUUCUAACGAAACCCCACUGAACACAGUAUAUUUCUUCAUACCAAGGGACGAGUAUUGGGGUUUCCGCGUUACUUUCUUCCUGAAUAUGUUUCUCAUUGCGAACGCGGCUUCAGUGCUUUUCGUAGACCUUCUAAUAAUUACCCUAAUAUUGCACCCGGCUACUAAAUUCAUGUUAUUAAGCAACGCAUUGUUAACCAGCAAAGAAAAAGGAAUGACCUUUAUGAAGAAAUGGAUCAGAGAUCAUCAAGAAGCAAUUGGCUGUGCAAAUGAAACUAACCGUAUUCUAUCACCACUUGUGGUUAAAUCAACAAUUACUGUAACAUUGUACGUGAUAAUUUCCAGUCUCUUAAUCACACAGAAUGUUUUUAAGUUUGCAACGUCGAAAUUCUUCGUAGUCGUCACGUUCACAUUGUUCAAAUUUAUGGCCUGCAGUUGGGCAGGUGAUUUAAUGACCAAAAAUGCACAGGAUAUUGCCUGGAAACUUUAUGUCUCUCCUUGGAUGAACGCUUCGCCAGAAGUUCGCAAACAGGCAGUGUUCAUCAUUCAAAGGUGCCAGAAACCCAUCACCAUUCACGUGGAAGGAUUUGUAACUGCUUGGUCCUUGAAGUUUUGUAGUCAAGUACUUUACACAACUUUCUCGGUCCUUUCAACUUUGAGAGCUAUAUUACGCUUUGAAUCUAAAUAG